AUGGAUGCCAUCUUCUCAUAUCUUCUGCCCCUUGUAGCCCUCUUUCUCUCUCUUUCUCUCAUUUUCCGCGCUAACAAACGUGAUUCAGGCAACUUAAAACUCCCACCAGGCAAAACUGGAUGGCCUUUGGUUGGAGAGAGUAUAAUUUUCGCCUUGGCAGGCCCCGAAAGAUUCAUAAGUGAGAGAAUGAGGAAGCACUCUCCUGAUGUUUUCCAAACCUCCUUGUUGGGAGAGAAAAUGGCAGUGUUCUGUGGCGCCCCGGGGAACAAGUUCUUGUUCUCCAAUGAGAAAAAGCUUCUCACCUCGUGGUGGCCGAAGUCCAUGAAGAAAGCUUUGCUCUUCCCUGAAUUCGUUGACGAUUCUCUAAAAGAAGUAGCAGCAUUGUCGCACGGUUUUCUCCACGAAAUCCUAAAGCCGGAAGCAUUGAAACAGUACAUACCGGUUAUGGAUUCAAUGGCGCGCCAACACUUGGACGAGGAAUGGAUUCCUAACGGAGAAGUGAAGGUCUUUCCUGUGUCGAAGAAGUAUACUUUUGCAUUGGCGUGUGAAUUGUUCAUGAGCAUCAAUGAUCCUAAACACAUUGAAAGGCUGGCCAAUCCCUUCACUCUUGUUACAUCCGGGAUGUUCUCGGUGCCUAUAGAUUUGCCCGGGACAGCUUACAAUGGUGCGAUCAGAGGAGGGAAAAUGGUCCGUGAGGAGCUUCUAUCGAUCAUCAGGCAAAGAAGAAAGGAGCUAUUAGAGAUUAAGGAGACAAAAUACCAUGAUAUGUUGUCGCGGAUGCUACUCGAGACAGAUGAAAAUGGCGAGUUAUUGAAUGAAAUGACGAUUUCAAACAACAUUAUUGGUAUGCUAGUUGCAAGCUAUGAAACAACUAGCACUGCUGUCACCUUUGUCUUGAACUAUCUUGCAGAGCUUCCACACAUUUACGAAGCGGUUUUCAAAGAACAAAUGGAGAUUGCAAAGUCCAAAGGUCCAGGAGAGUUGCUAAAAUGGGAAGACAUAGAGAAGAUGAAGUAUUCUUGGAAUGUUGCAAGAGAAGCAUUGAGACUAAUGCCACCAGGUCAAGGAGCCUUUAGGGAGGCCACAACUGAUUUCACAUACGCGGGUUUCACUAUUCCCAAGGGAUGGAAGACAUUUUGGACAGUACAUUCAACACACAGGAAUCCAAAGUACUUCCCAAAUCCAGAAAAAUUCGAUCCAUCAAGAUUUGAUGGGAGCGGACCUGCACCGUACACUUUUGUACCCUUUGGAGGAGGACCAAGAAUGUGCCCCGGGAAAGAGUACGCUCGACUAGAAGUACUGGUUUUCAUGCAUAAUGUAGUGACAAGAUUCAAAUUGGAGAAAGCAAUUGCAAAUGAGAAAGUAAUAUAUCAUUCAUCCCCGACUCCGAUGAGCGGUGUCCCAGUUCGCCUUUAUCCUCAUGAGAAAUAA